AUAUGGAAAAAUUAUUUUCAUUGAGUUCAUUUAUUAGGAAUAAGAUUAAAUCCAUUUGCAGUUACUAUUUCCUUAAUAUUUCCGAAGUACGUGGUCUUAUUUUAGACCACUUUUAGCUUAAAUUUGUGGUUGAAUUUCUGAAAUACUUUUUUUAUCAGUUGUUCUUUAUUAGUGUUACAGUUAUUGGUUUCUGUAUUUAAAAAAGAUUAAUAAUGGGUGGUCACAAUAAAAUUGAGAUACCAGACUAUCGAAUUUACAAAGUAGAAAAUGUACCUGAGCUUAUGAAGGUUAAAGCUAUCUUAGCUACAGAAGAUCUAAAAGAUCCUUGGUUAAGAAAUGAAGUUUGGAGAUAUCCUCCUAACCGAGGAAGUGCAUAUGCACAGUACUUUAAAUGUUGGUUUAGAGGUAAACGAGGACUUACAAUUGCAUUUGGGUUAGCUGCUACAGUUAUUGGUAUUGAAAAAACAUAUAAUCAUUUUUUUCCUGCUGAACAUCAUCAUAAAAAACUUUAUUAUCCAUCCUCAAGCAUUCAAUGAAUAUCAAAAAUUGUGGAAACAAAACAAUUGAUUUAUAAUAAACAAAUGUAGAAAUUAAAUAAAGCAACUUGUUACAGUUAAUUAGUGUUUAUUUGUACUGUAGAUGAAUAAAUAUUUUUUUCUCAAAAUUA